AUGGCCUCAGUUCAAAGUGCCAAAGUGGACCUGGAAGUUUUGGUUGACAAAUUCAAAAAGUUUGGUGCUUCUUCUCAAGAAUUUGAAAUGCUUCCAGAAUUAGAGACAAAACUGGCACAAGAGAAAAAGAUUUUGGAGGCACAUCAUAAAGAUUAUACUGACAACGAGAUAAUGCUAAGGCAGGUAGAUUGGCAUCUAAAAACCUUGGAGGCUAGGUUGCAGCAAGUGUUGGAGCAAAAGGCAGCUGACUAG